UGGCCAACUCAAGUUGAAUAAACCUCAUAUCAUAAAACAAAACCAGAUGUGUCUUUCUUUAGUUUAAAUAUUUUGUACAAAACGUUUCUCACUUAAAUUGUUGAAUUAAUCCUAAGUCGUCGACGAAAGUCAGUUGACACAAAAUUCGACGAGGGAUAACAUCAUCAUAUUAAAAUGGCACACUAUCUAAUUCCUAGGAAUCAAUUAUCCUUUAAUAAAAAUCACGAUUUUCUCGGGGGUGGUGCUUUUGGGAAUGUUUACAAAGCAAUUUGGAAUGGUAGCGGUGUCGCCGUAAAAAUUUUGAACGACGACGACAACCCAAUGGGCGACAAAGUUUGGGCGGAAGUAAAUAAAAUGCAGCGACUUGACCACCCAAACAUUUUGAAACUUGUUGGAAUUGUACCGCCAGUUAAAUACGGCAACCCUUGGAUUAUAACCGAAUUACUGGAAACCGAUCUCUUACAGCACAUUCACAAUUAUCCUGGACACGCCUUAACUGUGCGAGUCAUGGUGGGCUGGGCCUACGACGUGGUGUGUGGCAUGGAAUACAUGCAUCACAUAGCCAGUCCUUUCGCCAUUCAUGGAGAUUUGGCUGCGAGGAAUUGUCUUGUUGGAGCUAAUGGCCGAGUGAAAAUCAGCGAUUUCGGGAAACUCUACCAAGACUAUGAAAGCGAUUAUUAUAGUGCCAACAACUACUGUCAACAUGACCAAGACGAUAAUCAGUGUGAGUGUCUCCCCUGUCCGAUAAGGUGGAUGCCGCCGGAAAAUCUGCCAGAAAGCAAUGACGGCGUCCCGACUUGUUCGAGAAAAGGAGAUAUUUGGGCUUAUGGUGUCCUGCUCUUUGAAAUUUGGACGAGGGGCUCAACCCCCUUUGACGGUCUGGAUGAUGAUGAGGUUAUCCAAGCCUUAUUGAGCAGAGAUACUCCUGCCGAUCACUUUGACGUUAAAGCAAAAUCCUACGUUAAAAAUAUAAUGGAAAAUUGCUGGCUGUGGGAGGCCGAGCUACGCUGGAAUUUCAAGAUGAUUAAAGAAGUGUUAGUGGAUAGUGGGGAUUUUAACUAAUCCAAUUUUAACUAAUGGUUAGCAAUUAAAUUUUACUUUUGCUAAUAAAGUUAUAUUUUUUAUGUACACAAAUU